GGCUACUGGGUCGCGGGAGCGGGCAAGUGGCAUUGGGAGUGCUGCCGGAGCUUGGGCACUGACUGUGGGCCUGCUGGCAGCUUCACUUUACUCCCUGAAGCCAAGUAGAAGUGGGAGAGCUGCUGGUGGGGGAGCUCUGCAACUUCUUGUUGCACCCCUACUUUUGAUUAGUGUCAUGACAACUGUUUGGUUAGAUAGUUAUCCUAAACCCUGCGUGUCUUAUCUUGACUCUGGACCUGGAGCUGAUGCCAAUCUUGAGAUAUGCCAGGUUUUCAGGUCCUUUCUCUAGGCCCCGUGACUCCUGCGCCCAACCUUAUUAACAGCCUAGCCAGCUCCUGCUCUGGCUAGCCUUACUAAAGCAGGUUACUCAAUUCAGCCUUACCAAGUCUGCCCCUUCUUUCAGCCCAGUGUCAGUGAGGAAGGCCACAACGGGAUAGGAGCACAGGCAUACCAAAUGGCGAGGGGGCCAGAAGAUACUUGGGAGAGAGUACCUUGAGCAGAAUCUUCGAAGUGUCUGGGAUUCUGCUAAAGCAAAGUGUAUGAACUGAGUUAAGGAGGGGAACCAGAAAGAAGGCGGUUCUAAUUGUUCCAGGCUCUGACUUUCCUAGGAUGAGGUGGGGCUGCCAUUUGCCCAGGACCUCUUGGGGCUCAGGUCUGAGAAGAACAUCCCAGCUAUCAGAUGAGCAUAUCUCCUUCCUGACCCACUGGAGUUGGCCCUUUAGAGGGGUGCAUCCCCGUGGGCCCGCUAGGGCCUUUAUCCGUCACCAUGGAAACUCAGCAGACAGUGUUCCCCCACCAGGGAGGCAUGGACAGCUGUUCAAAAGCAUCUCUGCUACUGAAGCCAUCCAAAGGCAUCGCCGGAACCUCAUGGAGUGGUUUAGCCGGUUGCCCAGAGAGGAGCGUCAGUUUGGACCGACCUUUGCUCUAGACACGGUCCAUGUUGACCCUGUGAUCCGCGAGAGCACCCCAGAUGAGCUGCUUCGCCCAUCCGCAGAGCUGGCCACAGGGCAUCAACGAACCCAGGCUGGGCAGCCCCCACUGGCCCUGUCUCAGCUCUUUGACCCAGACGCCUGUGGGCGCCGCGUGCAGACAGUGGUGCUGUAUGGGACCGUAGGUACCGGCAAGAGCACAUUGGUACGCAAGAUGGUCCUGGACUGGUGUUAUGGAAGGCUGCCUGCCUUUGAGCUGCUCAUUCCCUUUUCCUGUGAGGACUUGUCAUCCCUGGGCUCCACCCCAGCUUCCUUGUGCCAACUUGUGACCCAGCGUUACACACCCCUGAAGGAGUUACUGCCCCUGAUGACCGCUGCCGGAUCCCGCCUGCUCUUUGUGCUCCAUGGCCUGGAGCGUCUCAACCUUGACUUCCGGCUGGCAGGCACAGGGCUUUGUAAUGACCCAGAGCAACCCGGGGCACCAGCUGCUAUCAUGGUCAACUUGCUCCGCAAAUACAUGCUUCCUGAGGCCAGCAUCCUGGUAACCACCCGGCCCUCGGCCAUUGGCCGUAUCCCUAGCAAGUAUGUGGGCCGCUAUGGUGAGAUCUGUGGCUUCUCCGAUACCAACCUGCAGAAGCUCUACUUCCAGCUUCGCCUUAACCAGCCCGAUUGUGGAUAUGGUGCAGGGGGUGCAGGUGUCUCAGCCACACCGGCUCAGCAGGACAACCUGAUUCAGAUGCUGUCCCGAAACCUGGAGGGGCACCACCAGAUUGCCGCUGCCUGCUUCCUGCCCUCCUAUUGCUGGCUUGUGUGUGCAACCUUGCACUUCCUGCAUGCUCCUACACCUGCUGGCCAGACCCUCACAAGCAUUUAUACCAGCUUCCUGCGUCUGAACUUCAGUGGGGAAACACUGGACAGCACCCACCCCUCCAAUUUAUCCCUGAUGGCCUAUGCAGCCCGAACUAUGGGAAAGUUGGCCUAUGAGGGGGUGUCAUCCCGAAAGACCUACUUCUCUGAAGAGGAUGUCCGUGGUUGCCUAGAAGCUGGCAUCAAGACAGAGGAAGAAUUCCAGCUGCUGCAGAUCUUCCGACGAGAUGCCCUGAGGUUUUUUCUAGCCCCGUGUGUGGAACCAGGACACCUGGGUGCCUUUGUAUUCACUGUGCCCGCCAUGCAGGAAUACCUGGCUGCCCUCUACAUUGUACUGGGCUUACGCAAGACGGCCCUGCAGCGAGUGGGCAAAGAAGUGGUUGAGUUUGCAGGCCGUGUUGGGGAAGAUGUCAGCCUGGUACUGGGCAUCGUGGCCAAGCUGCUGCCCCUGCGGAUUCUGCCUCUGCUAUUCAACUUGCUCAAGGUGUUUCCACGAGUGUUUGGGCGCAUGGUGAGUAAGAGUCGGGAGGCGGUGGCGCAGGCCAUGGUGCUAGAGAUGUUCCGGGAGGAGGAUUACUACAACGACGAUGUGCUGGACCAGAUGGGUGCCAGCAUCCUGGGUGUGGAGGGCCCCCGGCGUCACCCAGAUGAGCCCCCUGAGGAUGAAGUCUUUGAGCUCUUUCCCAUGUUCAUGGGGGGACUUCUCUCGGCCCACAAUCGGGCAGUGCUGGCUCAGCUUGGCUGCCCCAUCAAGAACCUGGAUGCCCUGGAGAAUGCCCAGGCCAUCAAGAAGAAACUGGGGAAGAUGGGUCGGCAGGUGCUGCCCCCCUCGGAGCUUCUGGACCAUCUCUUCUUUCACUAUGAGUUCCAGAACCAGCGCUUCUCAGCUGAGGUGCUCGGCUCCCUGCGCCAGCUCAAUUUAGCAGGCGUGCGCAUGACGCCGCUCAAGUGCACAGUGGUGGCCGCAGUACUAGGAAGUGGAAAGCAUCCGCUGGAUGAGGUGAACUUGGCUUCCUGCCAGCUGGAUUCUGCCGGCCUACAGACUCUCAUGCCUGUCUUCCUGCGGGCCAGGAAACUGGGGUUGCAGCUCAAUGGCCUGGGCCCCGAGGCCUGCAGGGACCUCCGAGACCUGCUGCUUCACAGCCAAUGCCAGAUCAGCACUCUGCGGCUGUCCAACAACCCACUGACAGCAGCAGGGGUUGCCUUACUGAUGGAGGGGCUAGCGGGAAACACCUCGCUGACACACCUGUCCCUUCUACACACGGACCUCGGAGAUGAGGGGCUGGAGCUGCUGGCUGCCCAACUGGACCGCAACAGGCAACUGCAGGAACUGAACGUGGCCUACAAUGGUGCUGGGGACGCAGCAGCUCUGGCCUUGGCGAAGGCCGCUAGGGAGCACCCAUCUCUGGAGCUGCUGCACCUCUACUUCAAUGAGCUGAGUUCAGAGGGUCGCCAGGUCCUGCGGGACUUGGGGGGCUCAGACGAAGGUGGUGCCCGGGUUGUGGCCUCGCUGACAGAAGGAGCGGCGGUGUCUGAGUACUGGUCAGUGAUCCUUAGUGAAGUUCAGCGCAACCUCAACAGCUGGGACCCAGCCCGAGUCCAGAGCCAUCUCAAGCUAUUGCUUCGGGAUUUGGAAUACAGUCGGGGUGCCACCCUUAAUCCUUGGCGCAAGGCUCAGCUGCUUCGAGUGGAAGGCGAGGUCAAGACUCUUCUGGAGCAGCUGGGAGACUCUGGAUGCUGAAACAGUGACAGCUGUGACCUAGCUUUGGAACCACUGGACCCCAAACCCUUCCCUCUGUGGCUUCCUGGCAUGCACAACUCCUUCCAGAAAGAUCUGCAGUUAAAGCAAUAGAUACAACUGUGCUGCCCCAACCCACAGAUCCAGCCAGGACCCCAAGCUAGACUUCCCAUGGUCAAAGAUCAAAUGUGGCGAACUGAUGCUUGGUCUUGGAUAUCGAGCAUGUCACUUUUUUUUUUUGAGACAGAGUUUCUCUGUGUAAAGUCCUGGCUAUCCAGAACUGCUUGGUAGACCAGGCUGGCCUCAAAGUCACUUAGAUCCUCCUGCCUCUGCUUCCCAAGCACUGGGAUUAAAGGUGUGUGCCACCACCACCCAGCGUCACUUCUUUUUUCUAGAAGGACUAAGAAGAAUAUGACACAUGAAUGGCCAAAUUGCCCUGCGUCCCCACCAUCGAUCUUGUCUCUCCUUCCUCUGAUUGUGUUACCAAGGGGCACACCUCUCAUGUCUGCUAUGCUGGGGGAUCUGUCACCCAGCAGCUGUACUAGAUGACUUCCCAUUCCUGCCUUAUGCUCACUUCUGGACACAAAAUGCCCUCACACUGGUGCUUUUUCCAGCCUCGUGUCCCCUGAACAACCUAGGUAUCGACGACUCCAAGUCCACUAGGGAUAAGUGUGCUCACCUUGCUGCUAUUAAAAAACUGUGUGUCUUCCACUCCCUGUGAUCCCCUGUUCCUUGCCAAGAAAAGGUUAGUCUGGUUUACCUUCUAUUAAGUUCCUGGCCUCUAGACUCAGAGGCAGUAGUAUUGAUGGAGUUUUAGUACUGAUGCCUGGGCUCUGGCAGCCCUAACAAGCUGAGCUCUGCCACUAAUCUUUGAUAAACUAUUUAAAAAGAGAAUAGUGAAAAAAUAGAGAAAGGCAGGAGAGAAGGUUCAGCAGGUUGAGAACUCCUGCUGCUCCUCCAGAGGGCAGGAGUUGCAUUCCCAGCCCCCACAUGGUGGGGGAGCUCACAACCUCUUGUAGCUCCAGCUGCAGAGAAUCCAACACCCUCUCCUGGCCUCUGGGUGACCCUCUCACUUUCUCUCUCCCUCUCACACCACACACACACACACACACACACACACACACACACACACACAAAUAUUUUUUUUUUUUGAGACAGGGUUUCUUUGUGUAUCCCUGGCUGUCUUGGAAUUCAACUCCAUAGACCAGACUGUUCUCAAUUAGAGAUUUAUCUGUCUCUGUCUCCCGAGUGCUGGGAUUAAAGGCAUGAGCCACUACCUCCUGGCUAUAAAUACAUAUAUUUAAUUUAGAAAAGUGGCCAGGUAGUGGUGGUGCACACCUUUAAUUCCAGCACCCCAGGAGGCAGAGGCAGGUGGAUAUCUGUGAGUUCAAGGCCAGUCAGGUCCUCAGAGCUAGUUCCAGCACAGCCACGGCUAUUACACAGAGAAACCCUGUCUCAAAAGAACGAAACAAACAAACAAUCUUAGAAAAGUGGAGAAAGGAAAUUUCUCUCAGGUGGCCACGUCAGGAAGAGGAACAAAUAAAGAGGUCCAAGGGACACCUCCUCCACCCCUCAACUCACCUUUCAGGAUCCUGACCUGGAAUUUAGGUUCAAAUACAGUGAGAGCAAGAGGUUUGUGUACAAAACAGUUGUGUCAGGCUGUGAUCUUCAACCACAAUAAACAACUCUAGUCCAGUUUGUCCUGAGCGGUGGUUUGACAAAUUGUCAGAACUGUGUGAUACCUCUUCUUGGGAGAUAAGUUUUG